AUGAGCAGGUCGAAGGCUGACGAACAACCGACAUUCAACACCAACGAACGCAACAUCACCAACGUUUUCCCCCACAACAAACCCAAGCAGACCAAAACCAGAACCACAGUCAGAAUGGAGGUACUACUGGGUAUCACGGGCAAGGACUUCACCAUCAUUGCAGCUUCCAAAGCUGCCAUGCGCGGUGCAACGGUCCUGAAGACUGCCGACGACAAGACGAGAUCCCUGAACAAGCACACACUGAUUGCAUACUCUGGAGAGUCUGGUGAUACCGUGCAAUUCGCCGACUACAUCCAAGCAAACUCCCAGCUCUACUCGAUGCGCAAUGAGACAGACCUGUCCCCCUCCGGCCUCGCCAACUUCGUUCGUGGCGAGCUUGCCUCGAGCUUGCGGUCGCGGAAGCCGUACAACGUCAACCUGCUCCUCGGCGGCGUCGACCCUAUCACACAGAAGCCCGCGCUGUACUGGCUGGACUACCUUGCGUCAUUGGCGCCCCUCCCAUACGCCGCCCACGGCUACGCACAAUACUACUGCCUGUCAAUUCUCGAUAAACACCACCACCCCGAUAUCACGCUCGGCCAGGGCAUCAAGAUCCUCAACCUGUGCACGGAUGAGCUCAAGAGACGGUUACCCAUCGACUUCAAGGGCAUGACGGUCAAGGCCGUGACCAAGGACGGAAUUGUGGACAUAGAGUUCGAUGACGACAAGGUGGUGAAGGCUGCUUGAGGCGGCCGAGAUGCGGAUGCGAUGACAGGAAAUGAGGGGCCUUUUGGGACUGUGGUGCGAGGGAGCAUCAGAGAACAAGAGAGAAAGAGGCCAUAACCAGCAAAACUGUACUACUAGACCGGGCUGGUAAUUGAUACAGGCAUCAGUUCUAUCACGACAAAACGCCAUUUCUGGAGAGACGUUGUCCCGUGCUUCAUCUGUGGCUGAACAACUCGAGUAUGAGAUAUGCUGAUUCAAGAUGGGACUAUCGGCACGGGGAAACACAAGACGGCAUUGUUUAUGAAGAAGCGGGAUUAUGCCAUUCUCUUCCGGCCGACACAGGGCAGUCCCGAAU